CUUGAGGAGUGGAGUGAUUGGUUCAUGUGGAAGCAAGACGUCACGACCGCACUCAUGUCCCAAGGCUUGGAACUCCUCUUGAAAAGAGACACAAAGCCGCCUAGAAAGGACAGUGACUGGCAAAGCGCCUUCGACGCAAGACUCGAAGCUUGGGAAGACUGCCAAAGACAAGCCGUCGCCAUCGUCCGCAGCAGCCUUGGUAAUCUACACCUUCAUCGUGUGAAAGGCAUGACGACCGUAUUGGAAAUAGUGGACGCGCUCGACAUGUGGUUUCAAGGCUAUAAAACCAUAGCCUUCCGUGUUCUUUCCCACGAAUAUGAAAGCUUGACACUCGAGGGCUGUACCAACGUAGCGGAAUACGUUGAAAAACUCCUAACAGUACGAGCAAAAAUUGAGCAACUAGACGAAAGUUGCAGGAUUGGCGAAGCACACUUUAUAAACAGGUUCCUCACAGGCCUUGGCGGAAAUUACGAAACCUUCCUCGUCAUUUUUAAUGUGAACCACAGCUUGAUUCCCAAAUACAAGGAUGGCAAGAUUAUCAAACGCGGCGUCACCUUCGGUGAGGUAGUCGAAGCCGCUCGGCUACAUGAA